AUGAGUUCUACUUAUGCAUAUCAUAAUAACGUACAAAAUAAUUUAUCAAGAUCGAUAAAAUAUUAUUUUCGUAGAUAUUUGGGUUCAAAAUAUUCUAAUAUAGACCCACAACCAAAACCAUCUCACGUCAGAAUCGUCAUAUGGUCAUUUAUCACUUCGUUUGUUGGCAUUGGAACUUUAGGUUUAUUCACUUGGAAUAUUGAAUUCUUUCGUGAAAGAGAAAUACCUGUUAGUAUCAGUAGUAUGGGAGCUACCGCCAUAUUGAUUUAUGGUACUUGCGAUUCACCCUUGGCUCAACCAAGGAAUCUAUGUGAGUUUGAUCAAAAUAUCAAUUCCUUUCUAAUUCCUCCAAUUUUUAAAUCGUCCGUACCUUUUGAAAUUAAUGCGCGUAACCUUCUUUUUUUAGAUUUAGGACAUAUAACGUCCUCGUUAAUUGGAAUCACCGUGAAUAUAAUGAUGAAACAAAUCACUGCAAAUCCCAUAGGUUACAAAUGGUUAACAUGCGCGUUAUCGGUCUCUCUGUCAAUGUUAGUCAUGCAGCUGACCAAUACAAUUCAUCCACCGGCUGGCGCAACAGCAUUAAUGUUAGCAUUAGACGAUCCAAAAAUCACCUCUCUCGUUUAUUGGUGGAAACAAAAGGUUAUCGAUGAUCAAUGUCCCGACUUUCCGGUUCGUUCGCGAAAUGAUGACCUUGAAGUUGGGCGGCAUGUGACUUUUACAACCCCUGCUUUAUCAUUUAACGUUCGGAAAGAAAAUCGUGAAAGGUUUCAUAAUAAUAAUAAUACAAGUCAAUCGAAUUCUCUUUCUGAAAUUACUUUAGCAAAUAAAUCACUCGAUUCAUCAUCUCGCUCCAAACAGGUGCAACAACACGAAUUGAGCUUAAGUGAAGCAAAUGAAUAUAUUUCCAAGUUGGAAAAUGAUUUAAACGAGCUUCGAAGCCUUAUUCAACAACUCGAAUUAUAA